AUGUCGGUCCUUCGGCUUGGGCUAUGUGUUCUCGGAGUCUACUCCAUGUUUCUACUAUGGGCCGUGGCGCAGGAACGACUAUCAGUUCCGUUCCAAUACAUAGACGGACAAUCAACAGACAAGUUCAAGUCUGCCCUCUUCCUUGGGACCUGCCAGAGUUUCCUGAGCUCGCUGUCUGCCCUCGCAUACAUAGUCAUCCGUGGAAAAUCAGGGUCAUCACUAUCGUCUCUACUGGGUCUAAAUAUCGCCUCCCUGACACAAGCGAACGGUUCAUCCAAUGCCAAAACCAACGGAUCUUCAAACACCAAAGUCAGCGGCCAUGCCCAUUCUUCACCCACAUCCAAAGUUCUGCUCUUGCGCUACCUACAAAUAUCGGCUUUCAUCACAGUAGCCGCUCCAUUUGGCUUCGCAGCCCUCUCGUACAUAACUUAUCCUACAAUGGUCUUGGGGAAGUCCUGCAAGCUCGUCCCAGUGAUGCUCAUGAACUUCGUCAUGUACCGGAGACGCUUUGCUCCACAUAAAUACGUCGUCGUCGCAAUGGUCACAGCCGGCAUCAGUGUCUUUAUGGGCUUCGGCAAUGAACAGCCGUCCAAGGCUUCAUCUAAUGGCGAGCAAGGGUCUCAUGGCCAGCUGAUUGGCGUUCUCUACCUUGUCAUUAACCUCAUUCUCGACGGCGCGGUGAACUCGACGCAAGAUGAGGUAUUCGUUCGGUACAAGGUGACCGGGCAACAGAUGAUGCUCUGGAUUAAUCUGUUCUGCACGCUGUUGAGCACCGCGCUUGGAACGCUUCCUUUGCCGCACAUCCCUGUACUUCACCCCUCGAGCAGUUCACAAUCAGAGUUUGCAAAUGCAAUCGGGUUUAUAAGGACACACCCCUCUGUCAUCGGACCACUAGUCCAAUUUUCUUUGACUGGCGCUCUGGGGCAGCUGUUCAUCUUCGAGACAUUGCAACAUUUUGGAUCGCUGACUUUAGUAAUGAUUACGUUGACAAGAAAGAUGUUCACCAUGGUUCUCUCUGUGGUAGUUUAUGACCACAAACUCACCUUCGGGCAGUGGGCAGGGGCAGGUAUUGUGUUUGGAGGUAUCUCGGUCGAGGCGUGGGUAAAACGCAAAGAGAUCCAUGCAAAGCGGCUUUUGCAGGAGAAAGAGAAGGCGAAGAUCAAGUCACUAUAG